AUGGAUGCAAAUGAAACCUUGGAACAACCAAAACACUUCUCCUAUGGGAAAACCAGAUAUGUGAUUCUCAAUCAUUUACGCCACACUCAGAAAGCUUCGAAUCACAACAAUGGAAAUGUUGUCCUUGAGACAUCAAUGGUGCAUUCAUCCGAGGGCUCUACGAUAUCUGAUGAAGAAUGUCACAUGGAGUCCGAUGCUGAAUCAUCAUGUAGUCCUCAACCUGUUGCUGGCAAUAGUUUACCGGAGAGUGAUGCGCAGUGA